UAGUAACAGAUUUCAGGAAGACAGGAAGAAGUUGAGAAGUCAAUUCAGUUUUAAUGAAAAUUUGAAAGCUGCCCAUCCCAACUAAUUAGAGGUCAACGAAACGACAUAUGAUCUUUCUUAUGAAAGUUCUAUCACAAGUCUUCGUUGGACGACUAUGUGAGAAUGGAUUCAAGACUGGAGAAACAAAGCCAUCUUCAUGGGUUUGGAGUAUCUCUGCCCCACCUUUCCAGUAAAUCUUCAGAGUACAAACAUGCCCCAUCUCAAUCACAGAGGGGCAGACUUCCACCGGUCAGAAAGUACCCUUUAAUUGAGCAAAAGGGUUUCUACUCUGAACUCAUCACUACAUCUGCCAAGCCUCGAGUUCAGGUAGCUAUAUCUUAUACCCAGGGGCCACAGACUCAGCAGAGUUUACUGUGCCAAGCAGGAUAUGAAUCAAACACCCCAAACGUCGCGACUUUCUGCACCCCUCCGGAGCUGCACAGCAUUGUGGAGAAAGAGAAGCAUGGCCCCACCACUCAGCAGUUGCAGCAGACAGACUUCUCCUCCCAAGGCUACACUGCCAAAGUGCAGCUGCCCUACCAGUGCCAACGUGGACAACUGCCUCGCAAGAUAGAGAUCGAAAGACGGAGGCGAGAGUAUGUUAACAUGGACAUUUCUGAGCUGUUGGCAGAAAAGGGCAUUAACUCCAACCUCUUAAUCCCAAGACACCGAAGCAAUGUGGAGAGCCCAGCCAAACCAAAUAGCCCUGCUCUCUCUGUGUCAAACUACCUGCCCCUGGAGAUAUUUGACAACGAAGAGUUCGACUGCCGCACCCCUCAGGAUUGGCUAGCCUUAGGCACCGAACCAGGGUCCACUGAGAGAAAGCCAGUUCCUGCGAAAGCCUUGCUGCCCAACUAUGACAAGAUUCCAAAUGACUUAAGAAGUCCAUCUGUGACAUACUCCUGGCAUUCUGUUGGAGUUUUAGACUACUAUAUGGAGAAAAAGCUCUACUUGGUUCAUAAGGUGGACCGUAAUGGCAGAAUGAGGGACAGCAAAGGGAAGCCAAUUCUAAAGUCAAAAGAGAGAGCAAAAGACGGCUCUCCCCCAGUCCUUCUGGGUCAGUACUGGGUCCCCAGGAUCCAGGUGCAAUUCAGUGCUGAGGACCCACGCGUGUUCGCGCAGAGGGUGCUGUUCGCCCAGCGCUGGAGGGAGAACACAGAGGGCCUGCUGUUCUAUCACCUGGCAGUGGACAGCAUGCCUGUUUGGGAGGGCAUGCCCUGUCUUGGUCAGGACAGCCUCAACCGCAUCAAGAAACACGCACUUUCCACGCCAGGCCUCCAGCUGAAGUUGCUGCAGAAAUGUGUGGUCCAGAUGGAGAGUGAGAUUAAUCUGGCAUAUGAUCGCACCAUGAACCGGAUGGUUUUUGACAAAGUGGUGAAAGAGGACCCAGAGAAGUUCUCCCAUAUCACCGUUCCGCACAGAGAGCCGGAGACCGUGCCAGAGAGAGGGUUUGUGUCUAUCCCUGCGUACCCUUUUCAGAAGAACCGGGCAGCAUUCACCUUCAACACGCUCUUGACCAAGCCUGAGGUGAUCUCAGCCCUGUCUAAAGUGCGCGCCGAGUGCAACAGGGUGGCCUCCAUGAGCCUGUUUCACCUGACCUUCACCAAGGUCCUGCGGCUCGAGGAGUUUGAGCUGGCUCAGUCACAGACGCACGCACAGGUUCAGCUGUUCCUGCGCGACUCGUGGGUGACGACCCUGUGCAACAGCAUCCGCUCUAGCCUGAGGGACGUGGCGGCCGGCUGGUUCUGUCUGAAGGAGUCUCGCUGGGAGGUCUACUGCAUGUCCAAGAUGUGCUGCCUCAUGUCACAGGUGCGCUACGGCCUGCAGGACUCGCUGCGCUUCCUGGUGCAGCACUCGCUGGCCAGCCUCUCCCAGUUCCUGCUGGACACCUGCCAGAAUGUGCUGCACUGCCCGCAGGACAUGGUCUGGGUUGGAGACCUCAUCCACAGCCCCUACAAGCCCAAAAAGAGCCCUCUGUUUCUGGUGGACCUCAUUCUUGACCAGACAGGGGCUCACUACAGCACACCACUGGAGAACUUUGAGAGUUCCAUAAUGAACCUCUUUGACAAGGGCAUUCUCUCCACACACAAUGUCCCUCAGUUAGACAAGUUUGUGAUGACGAGCAUGUUCAUCAGUGGCACGCCGCUACUGGAGUCGGUGGGGCUGCUGGAGCCGGCCGUGCAGGAGCUGCGAGAGCGGGUGAGGCAUGCGCUGCGCCAGGCCACCAUUCCGCUCCGAGCCUACGCCCGCGAGUACGAGUGCCACCUGGAGCUGCACAACUCCGACGUGGAGAGCUUCCUCCGGGCCCACAGCCAGCCAGAGCAGACUCCCCAGGAGGUGAAACGGGAGGUGGAGCUGCACCUGAAGGAGAAGGAGGUGUUGGACCAAUCAUUGCCAGCCUCCAUCAUCAUCGGGCCCUUCCUGGUCAGUGUGGAGAUGGUUCGUCAGAACCUGUCCAAGAAGCGGCGUGCUCUGGCUAAUGCUGUCCUGGACAGGCUGGCACUGAAACUAGGCAAGCAACUGGAAGAUGCCUGUGAGGAAUGCAAGGCCAUCAGCAGAAAGCUCUAUGAGAAACCCAACAGUGUAGAGGAUCUGACGGAGCAGAGAGAAUGGAUGAAGCAGAUCCCUGAGCAACUCAAAGCACACGAGGAGGUGUUAUCCAAAGCCAUGUCUGACUAUGAGCUGAUUGACGCGUUCUUCUACAGCCUGUCCAAUGAGGAUUUCAAUGCUAAGUGGACAGCCAUGGCCUGGCCCCACAAGAUUGAGAAACAGAUGGAGGCGGUGGCCGCUCAGCACGUGGAGGAUGAGGAGCGCUUCCACAAGAUCCAGCUGGUCGACCAGAACAACUUCCAGGACCGACUGGACUCCCUGCAAAUGUUGGUGGCUGGAUUUUCAGGCUACACGGACGUGACCCGGGCACAUGAGGUGGCCAACGAGGUGCGUCGUGUCAGCAAACAGCUGAAGGAAUCCCAGGCCAUGGCAUCGCUGUACAACAACCGCGAGCGACUCUUUAACAUUCCCGUCACCAACUAUGACCGUCUGCAGAAGCUGACCAAGGACUUCCAGCCGUUCCGGGAUCUCUGGUCCACCACCUCGGACUGGCUGCGUUGGCACGAAAGCUGGAUGACCGACCCGCUGUCCAUCAUUGACCCAGAGCAGCUGGAGCGCAGCGUCAAUGAAGCCUUUAAGACAAUGCACAAAUGUGUCAAGCAGUUCAAGGACAUCCCUGCCUGUCUGGACGUGGCGAUGGAGAUCCGCAGGAAGAUCGAGGAGUUCACUCCGCUCAUCCCACUGAUUCAGGGCCUGCGUAACCCCGGCAUGCGCAGCCGCCACUGGAAGGUGCUGUCCGAGAAAAUCAAGAUGAACGUCCAGCCCAAAGCCAACCUGACCUUCUCCCGCUGCCUGGAGAUGGGCCUGCAGAACCACGUCAAGGACAUCGCCUUGGUGGCAGAGGUGGCUGGGAAGGAGUACGCCAUCGAACAAGCCCUCGACAAAAUGGAGAAGGAGUGGGCCACGGUGGCUUUUGAUGUGUGUUCUUAUAAGGAGACAGGCACCUAUAUCCUGAAGAGUCCCGAUGAGGCCUCCCAGCUGCUGGAUGACCACAUCGUCAUGACCCAGAGCAUGUCCUUCUCGCCUUACAAGAAACCCUUUGCGGACCGCAUCAGCACCUGGGAGAGCAAGCUGAGAAUCACACAGGAUGUGCUGGAGGAGUGGCUGACCUGCCAGCGCUCCUGGCUCUACCUGGAGCCCAUCUUCAGCUCCGAUGACAUCAACCGCCAGCUGCCCGUGGAGGGCAAGAGGUACCAGACGAUGGAUCGCACCUGGAGGAAGGUGAUGAAGAUGGCAAACGACAAGCGCCAGGUGAUUGAGGUGUGCCCGGACACUCGAUUGUUGGACAGCCUGAGAGACUGCAACAAGCUGUUGGAAAUGGUACAGAAAGGCCUGAGCGAGUAUCUGGAGACCAAGCGUGGAUCCUUCCCAAGAUUCUACUUCCUGUCUGAUGAUGAGCUCCUGGAGAUUCUGUCCCAGACCAGAGACCCAACCGCUGUGCAGCCCCAUCUGCGUAAAUGCUUUGAGAACAUCGCACGGCUGAAGUUCCAGUCGGACCUGCUGAUCACUCACAUGUAUUCAGGGGAGGGUGAAGAGGUCAAGCUGGUGAACCCCGUGCAGCCAUCUGGGAAUGUGGAGGACUGGCUGAGGGAUGUGGAGAGGUCCAUGAAGGCCAGUUUGAGGGAGAACAUCCACCGCUCGCUACUUGCAUACCCAGGGCAACCCCGUACUGAGUGGGUUCUGUCAUGGCCGGGCCAGGUGGUCAUUGCGGGCUGUCAGACCUUCUGGACCACAGAAGUGUCUGAGGCCCUAGAGCAGGGUGAUCUGGCCAGCCGCCUCUACCCCCAGCUGCAGGCACAGCUGGGAGACCUGGUGCAGCUGGUGAGAGGUGGUCUGUCUAAGAUGCAGAGGUCAGUCCUGUCCGCACUCAUCGUCAUUGAGGUCCAUGCUAAAGAUGUGGCUGCCAAGCUGGUGGAGGAGAAUGUGUCCAGUGUAAACGAUUUUGAGUGGAUCAGCCAGCUCAGGUAUUACUGGGCCAGAGGUGACCUGUACAUCAGAGCAGUGAAUGCGGAGUUCCUGUACGGUUACGAGUAUCUGGGCAAUUCAGGACGCCUGGUCAUCACUCCUCUGACAGACAGGUGCUACCUGACCCUCACAGGGGCUCUGCACCUGAAGUUCGGAGGGGCCCCAGCUGGACCUGCAGGGACGGGCAAAACCGAGACCACUAAAGACCUGGGCAAAGCCCUGGCCAUCCAGACUGUGGUCUUCAACUGCUCUGACCAGCUGGACUUUAUGGCCAUGGGGAAGUUCCUCAAGGGCCUGGCCAGCUCUGGAGCAUGGGCCUGUUUUGAUGAGUUCAAUCGCAUCGAUGUGGAGGUGCUGUCUGUGGUGGCGCAGCAGAUCACCACCAUCCAGAAAGCCCAGCAGCAGAGGUCAGAGAGAUUUGUGUUUGAGGGGGCCGAGAUUCCACUAGUGCCCUCCUGUGCCGUUUUCAUCACUAUGAAUCCUGGGUACGCAGGACGAACCGAGCUGCCGGAUAACCUAAAGGCCCUAUUCCGACCGGUAGCCAUGAUGGUUCCUGACUAUGCCAUGAUUGCAGAGAUUUCCCUUUACUCCUUUGGCUUCAGCGACGCCAAAAUUCUGUCCAAAAAGAUCACCAGCACCUUCAAGCUGUCCUCCGAGCAGCUCAGCUCUCAGGAUCAUUAUGACUUUGGGAUGAGAGCUGUGAAGACUGUCAUUUCUGCUGCGGGAAACCUUAAAAGAGAGAACCCGAACAUGAAUGAGGAGCUGAUCUGCCUGCGUGCCAUCCGGGACGUCAACGUGCCCAAGUUCCUGCAGGAUGACCUGAAGCUCUUCAGCGGCAUCGUGUCCGACCUCUUCCCCAAGAUCAAAGAGGAGCCCAUUGAUUAUGGCACGCUGGAGGAGUCCAUCCGCAGCGUCUGCGCCAAGAAGUGCCUGAAGGACGUAGAUGGUUACAUCACAAAAUGUAUCCAGCUGUACGAGACGACUGUGGUGCGUCACGGACUCAUGUUGGUCGGGCCGCCUGGCUCAGGCAAAACUAAGUGUUAUAUGAUUUUGGGAGCUGCGCUCACAGCUCUGCAGGGACAGCCGUCUGUCAGCGGUGGUGUGUACGAGGCGGUGCAGACGUUUGUGCUCAACCCCAAAUCCAUCACCAUGGGGCAGCUCUACGGAGAGUUUGACCUGCUCACUCAUGAGUGGACUGAUGGCAUUCUGUCCUCUCUGGUGCGCGGUGGUGUGGCCUCCAAUGAUGAGGAUAAGAAGUGGUACAUGUUUGAUGGGCCAGUGGACGCAGUCUGGAUCGAGAACAUGAACACUGUGCUGGACGACAACAAGAAGCUCUGUCUGAGUUCUGGAGAAAUCAUCAAGCUCACUGAUAGCAUGACCAUGAUGUUUGAGGUGCAGGACCUGGCCGUCACCCGUGGUCCCGCGGUGGGAACCUCCUGUGGCAUGGUGUACCUGGAGCCCAGCAUCCUGGGGCUCAAGCCCUUUACCGAGUGCUGGCUCCGCACCAUCCCGCCCCCUGCAGCCCCUGCAGCCCCUACCUUUGGGUGUACAAUGUGUAUUUUUAAUGUCUUCCUGCAGGACUCGAUCACAUUUGUACGCUCCUCAGUGAAAGAGGUUAUCACCUCGAUGGACAGCAAUCUCACCUGCAGUCUACUGAAGCUGCUCGACUGCUUCUUUAAGCCAUUUGUUCCUCAAGAGGGGACAAGGCCUCCACCCAAGAAGAAGCUGUCUCGCCUGAGUGAGCUGAUCGAGCCAUGGUUCGUCUUCUCUCUAGUGUGGAGCGUGGGGGCCACCGGAGACGCUGCCAGCUGGCUGAAGUUCAGCGUCUGGCUCAGGGACAAGAUGGCCGAGGAGAAAAUCAAGCUUUGCUUCCCCAAGGAAGGGCUUGUGUAUGACUACCGGCUAGAUGAUGCGGGGAUAAGUAACUUAUCAGAAGAAGAGGAGGAGGACAGAGACGGAAAGGUGCAAUGGGUCAGUUGGAUGGAGUCCGCGCGACAGGUGGUCAUCACGCCAGACACCAGCUACUCUGACAUCAUUGUGCCUACACCAGACACUAUUCGCAUGUCCUUCCUCAUGGACAUGCUGCUGUCCAACAAGAAGCCAGUUCUGUGCAUCGGGCCCACAGGCACAGGGAAGACCCUGACCAUAUCAGAUAAGCUGCUGAAGAACAUGCCAGCAGAGUACAUCACUCACUUCCUGAUGUUCUCAGCAGCACAUCAAUAAUCAGGCAUAAAGAUUACAUGGACAACAAAACUGGACAAAAGGCGUAAGGGAGUGUUCGGGCCUCCACUUGGCAAGUAUUUUGUCUUCUUCAUUGACGACUUGAACAUGCCCAUGCUGGAGACAUAUGGGGCCCAGCCCCCUAUUGAGCUGUUGCGCCAGUGGAUGGACCAUGGAGGCUGGUACGACAGGAAACAGAUUGGUGCCUUCAAGUACCUGGUGGACAUAAACUUUGCGUGCGCCAUGGGGCCCCCUGGGGGUGGCAGGAACCCCAUCACCCAGCGCUUCACACGCCAUUUCAACUUCCUGUCCUUGACCGAGAUGGAUGACAGCAGCAAGAAAAAGAUCUUCUCCACUAUCCUGGGCAACUGGAUGGAUGGAAACAUGAGUAAAAAGGACCCAGGCAAGAAGAUCCCUGAGAUCCUACCCUUGAACGAGCCCCUGGUGGACACCACCAUCCGCGUGUACUCCACCAUAACGUCCUGCCUGCUGCCCACGCCGGCCAAAUCCCACUACACCUUCAACCUGCGUGACCUCUCCAAAGUGUUCCAGGGCAUUCUCAUGGCAGAGGCCAUCAAGAUUGAGACUAAAGAGAACCUGUUGCGGCUGUGGUUCCACGAGAGCUGCCGAGUGUUCCAGGACCGGCUGGUCAGCGCCGAGGACAGGCAGUGGUUCGACCAGCUGCUGCAGACCUGCAUCGAGGAGUUUGAUUGCAGCUUCGACGACGUCGUCCCCUCUCGACCCGUCCUCUUCGGAGACUUCAUGGUUCCAGGGGCAGAUACCAAAAUAUAUCAGCACAUAGAGGACCGGGGGAAGUUGGCUCGAGUCAUGGAUGAGUACAUGGAUGACUACAACCAGAUCAGCACUGCCAAGCUGAAGCUGGUGCUCUUCAUGGAUGCCAUCCAGCAUGUGUGCCGCAUCAGCCGCAUCCUGCGCCAGCCCCUGGGCAACGCCCUGCUGCUGGGCGUCGGGGGCAGCGGCCGCCAGUCUCUCACCAAGCUGGCCAGCCACAUGUCUGACUACGAAUGUUUCCAAAUCGAAUUGUCUAAAAACUAUGGGAACGCAGAGUGGAGAGAGGACAUCAAAAGCAUCAUGCUGAAAGCUGGCCUCACCAACGUCCAGAUCACCUUUCUGUUUGUAGACACACAGAUUAAGAAUGAGUCCUUCCUGGAGGACAUAAACAACAUCCUAAACUCAGGCGAUGUGCCCAACCUGUACGCCACCGACGAGCAGGAGCGCAUCCUGAACACCAUGAAGCCUGUGGUGCAGGACCUGGGGCAGCAGCCCACCAAGGCCAACCUCAUGGCCGCCUACAUCAAGAGGGUCCGCAGCAACAUACACACCGUGCUCUGCAUGAGCCCCAUUGGCGAGGUGUUCCGGGCACGGCUCAGGCAGUUCCCCUCGCUGGUCACCUGCUGCACCAUCGACUGGUUCAGCGCCUGGCCAGAGGAGGCACUGCAGUCUGUGGCCACCUCCUUCCUCGGAGAGCUGCCGGACCUGGACGGUACCCCGGCCGCCAUGAUGGGCCUGAGCCUGAUGUGCGUGAGGAUCCACCAGGUUGUGGCCAGGAUGUGCGGCCAGUACCUGGCCGAGAUGUCACGGUACAACUACGUCACGCCCAAGAGCUACCUGGAGCUGCUCAGCAUAUUCUCAGCCCUCAUUGGCCGCAAAAAGCAGGAGCUUAACAGCGCUCGGCUGCGUAUGAAAACUGGCCUGGAUAAGUUGCUGAGCACAGCUGAGGAUGUGGCUAAGAUGCAGGAGGAGCUAGAGAUGAUGAGGCCUCUUCUGGAGGAGGCUGCCAAGGACACAGUGGUCACCAUGGAGAAGAUCAAGGAAGACACUGUGGUUGCCGAGGAGACCAGAGUGGCGGUGCAGGCGGAGGAGACCAAAGCCACAGAGAAGGCGACGGUGGCACAAGCCAUCGCAGAUGAUGCCCAGAAGGACCUGGACGAGGCUCUGCCUGCCCUGGACGCAGCCCUCGCCAGCCUGAAGUCCCUCAACAAGAAUGACGUCGUUGAGGUACGAGCCAUGCAGAGGCCCCCUCAGGGAGUGAGGCUGGUCAUUGAAGCUGUUUGUAUCAUGAAGGGCAUCAAGCCUAAAAAGGUUGCAGGAGAGAAGCCAGGCACUAAGGUGGACGACUACUGGGAGCCAGGAAAGGGCCUUCUUCAGGACCCAGGAAAGUUCCUGGAGGGCCUGUUUAAGUUUGACAAGGAUAACAUCCCGGAUGCUGUGAUCAAGCUGGUGCAACCGUACAUCGACAACGAGGAGUUCCAGCCGGCAAACAUCGCCAAAGUGUCCAAAGCUUGCACCUCCAUCUGCCAGUGGGUGCGAGCCAUGCACAUCUACCACUUCGUCGCCAGGGCAGUGGAACCUAAACGGCAAGCCCUGCAGGAGGCCCAGGAGGACCUGGCGGUGACGCAGCGCAUCCUGGACGACUCACGGGACAAGCUGGCGGCCGUGGAGGAGGGCAUCGCCACGCUCCAGGCCAAGUACAGCGACUGCCUGGCCAAGAGGGACGAGCUGGACAGCAAGUGCCAGCUGUGCGAGAAAAGGCUUGUCCGGGCCGACAAGCUGAUUGGUGGUCUGGCCGAUGAGAAAGUGCGCUGGAAGGAAACCGUUGAGAACCUGGAGUACAUGGUUAAUAAUGUGGCUGGGGACGUGCUGCUCUCUGCUGCAUAUAUAGCCUACCUGGGUCCAUUCACCGGGGAGUACCGGGCAGCCAUGGCGGACGAGUGGCUGCAGGGCUUUAAGGAGCUGAGGGUGCCGCACACGGAGCCCAACCUCAUCAACACGCUAGGGGACAAAGUCAAGAUCCGCUCCUGGCAGAUCGCAGGCCUACCAAAGGAUCAUUUGUCUGUGGAGAAUGGUGUUAUUGUUCAGUACUCUGAGCGCUGGUGCCUGUUCAUUGACCCUCAGGGACAGGCCAACAAGUGGAUCAAAAACAUGGAGCGGGACAACGGAUUGGACGUGAUGAAGCUGAGUGACCGGGACUUCCUGCGCAGCCUGGAGAAUGCGAUCCGCUUCGGGAAGCCCUGUCUGCUGGAGAACAUCGGGGAGGAGCUGGACCCUGCACUGGACCCGGUGCUGAUGAGACAGACGUUCAAGCAACAGGGCAAUGUUGUUCUGAAGCUAGGAGACACUAUCAUCCCCUAUCACAACGACUUCAAGAUGUACAUGACCACCAAGCUGCCCAACCCACACUACUCCCCUGAGAUCUCCACCAAGGUCACACUCAUCAACUUCACCCUGUCACCAAGCGGCCUGGAGGACCAGCUGCUGGGUUGCGUGGUGGCCGAGGAGCGGCCUGACCUGGAGGAGGCCAAGAACCUGCUGAUUGUGAGCAGCGCACGCAUGAAGCAGGAGCUGAAGGAGAUCGAGGACCAGAUCCUGCACCGGCUCAGCUCGUCCGAGGGGAACCCGGUGGAUGACGAGGAGCUCAUCCGCGUGCUGGGAGCGUCCAAGAUCAAAGCCGCCGAGAUCGAGGCUAAAGUGAGGGUGGCCGAAGAGACGGAGCGGGACAUUGAUGCCACCCGUCUGGAGUACGUGCCAGUAGCCGUGCGCACCCAGAUCCUUUUCUUCUGCGUGUCGGACCUCGCCAACGUGGACCCCAUGUACCAAUACUCUCUGGAGUGGUUCCUGGGAAUCUUCUUGGCUGGCAUUGCCAACUCGGAAAGGGCUGACACGGUGGAAGAGCGAAUCGUCAACAUCAACAAGUACUUCACCUUCAGCCUGUACAGCAACGUGUGCCGCAGCUUGUUUGAGAAGCACAAGCUGAUGUUCGCCUUCCUGCUGUGCGCCCGCAUUAUGAUGAACGAGAACAAGAUCGACAUGGCGGAGUGGCGUUACCUGCUGGCAGGGGGCAUGGUCCAGCUGGAGCUGCCCAAUCCGGCAGUGUCGUGGCUCUCGGACCGCGCCUGGCAGGACAUCCUGGGCCUCAGCGCCCUGCCCAACUUCAGCAGCCUGGCCGACAGUUUCUCCAAGCACAUGGGCGGCUUCAGGAAGAUCUUCAACAGUAGCCAGCCACACAGGCAGCCUGUCCCUGGUGAGUGGGAGACAAAGCUGAGCUCCUUCCAGAAGCUUCUGAUCCUGCGCUGCCUGCGAGCUGACAGCCUGACACAGGGACUGCAGGACUUUGUGGCUGCCCAGCUGGGCCAGCGCUUCAUUGAGCCUCAGACGUCCGACCUCUCGGUGGUGUUUAAGGAAUCGUCCCCCACCAUCCCGCUCAUCUUCGUGCUGUCCCCAGGGACCGACCCGGCCGCCGACCUCUACAAGUUCGCCGACGUCAUGAGGUUCUCCAAGAAAAUGAAUGCCAUCUCCCUCGGCCAAGGCCAGGGGCCCUGGGCCGAGGCCAUGAUGUACGGCGCCAUGGAGAAAGGCAAGUGGGUCUUCUUCCAGAACUGCCACCUGGCGCCCAGCUGGAUGCCCUCUCUGGAGCGGCUCGUCGAGAAUAUUGACCCGGAAAAGGUGCACAGAGACUUCCGCGUGUGGCUUACGAGUCUGCCCAGCAACAAGUUCCCGGUGUCUAUUCUCCAAAAUGGCUCCAAGAUGACCAUCGAGCCUCCCAAAGGCAUCAAAGCAAACCUCCUGAAGAGCUACCUGAGUCUCACUGAGGAUUUCAUCACUUCGUGCUCCAAGGCGUCGCAGUUGAAGUCUCUCCUGUUCUCCCUGUGCUUGUUUCACGGAAAUGCCAUUGAGCGCAGGAAGUUUGGACCUCUGGGCUUCAACAUUCCGUACGAGUUCACCGAUGGGGACCUGCGCAUCUGUAUAAGCCAGCUGAAAAUGUUCCUGGACGAGUACCAGGACAUUCCUUACAAGGUGCUGAAGUAUACGGCGGGCGAAAUCAACUACGGCGGCCGCGUGACGGACGAUUGGGACCGACGCUGCAUCCUCAACAUCCUGGAGGAUUUCUACUGUCCUGCUGUACUAGAACCCGCACACAGCUACUCCCCCUCCGGAGAGUACCGGCAAAUCAGCACUGACCUCGACGUGAAGGGGUACCUGGAAUACGUGCGCAGCCUGCCCAUCAACGAUGCGCCGGAGAUUUUUGGGCUCCAUGACAAUGCCAACAUCAGCUUUGCCCAGAACGAGGUGUUCACCCUCCUGGGCACCGUGGUGCAGCUGCAGCCCAGGGCUGCGGCCAGUGGUGGCAAGGGCAGAGAGGAGAUUGUUGAGGAGAUUGUGGGUGGUAUCAUGGAAAAGAUUCCCAACCCCAUUGAUUUGGAGGAGGUGAUGACCAAGUAUCCCGUUCUAUAUGAGGAAUCCAUGAACACCGUUCUCAUCCAGGAAGUGAUAAGGUAUAACAAGUUACUGGAGGUUAUAUCCAGGAGCCUGGUUGACCUGGUGAAGGCUUUGAAAGGCUUGGUGGUGAUGUCAUCCGAGCUGGAGCUCAUGGCCAACAGCCUGUUCAUCAAUGCUGUCCCAGAUAUGUGGAAGGCCAAGGCGUACCCCUCUCUGAAGCCCUUGUCCUCGUGGGUGUCUGACCUCCUCCAGAGGAUCAGUUUCCUGCAGGGAUGGAUCACAGAUGGCAUUCCCUCUGUGUUCUGGAUCAGCGGCUUCUUCUUCCCACAGGCCUUCCUGACAGGAACGCUGCAGAACUUUGCUCGCUCCUCUUUGGUCUCUAUUGAUACCAUAGGAUUCGACUUCAAGGUGAUGGAGGAAUCCCCUGCUGAGCUGACCACCAGGCCUAAGACGGGCUGCUUCAUCCACGGCCUGUUUCUGGAGGGCGCCCGCUGGGACGCCCACGCCGGCCUGCUGACCGAGUCACGGCCAAAGGAGCUCUACACAGAAAUGGCCAUCCUCUGGCUGGUGCCCGUUCCCAACCGCAAGGCUCCGGCCUCGGGCAUCUACAUCUGCCCCAUCUACAAAACCCUGACGCGUGCUGGAACUCUCUCCACAACGGGCCACUCCACCAACUACGUCAUCUGUGUGGAGCUGCCCACUGACCGCACCCAGAGGCACUGGAUCAAACAGGGCGUGGCACUAAUCUGUGCGUUGGACUACUGAACAUGCCCACACAUACAUUAUUGAAAUUUCAAUAAAGCAGACAGACGUGCACUCUGCACUCAUCCAAUCAAAACCAUAUGUAAACAAUGAUUAAAAUAUUGUAUUGAAUUAUUAA